ACACACACACACACACAGCAUGGAUGCAGCUCUCACAUCCUUCCGUCGCUACAUGUAACCCUGAGCGGCUGCGUUAAGACGCGACCUGACGACAGAAACGCUCCGUGUUCCCCCCGCUCCUCUCUCCGCUGAGGUCGUUCCUUUUUCCGGCUGAAGAUCGGAGGAUGAAGCGGCUCUUUGUCAGAUCGGUGCGGGAUGAAGCCAUGAACCCCUGGCUGCUCUUCGCUCUUCUCGGGCUCUGGUAGGUGUGUGUGGAUCUGUCUCCAUGAUGAAUGCAGGUGGAGGCUUUUUUUUUUCAGGGUGAGCGGCUGCAGAUGUUGCUCUGGUGUCUUUGCUGCAGGAUGCUUUUUACCUGAGAUCUCUGAACAGAGGGUUAUUGUGGGAGCUAAGGCCUGAGAGCAAAUUUGAUCUCUUGUCUCUUAAGAAUCUCUGGAAAUGUGCCUUUUAGCAAUCUGUGCGUCUUAAUGUGCGCCCGGGUCUGAUUUGUCUUAGUAAUACAGCUGUUUACUGUCACAUGGUUAUUGACAGAGCAAUGAUGGAUGAAUCUGGUCUUUGGGGACACGGGUCUUCUUUACUUUAACCAAAGGAAACCUAAGUCAGUCGGUCACUGAGGUGUAAAUAGAGUCCUCUGAGACAGGCCUUUCAUUCAUUCAUGCUGAAAUCAGUGGAAAUGGUGAAGUGAUGUGCUGUGGAGACACUGCCUUCUUUAUCCAACAGUGUGAUAUCUGCUAAUUUUUCCUUUUAUUGAGGGGUCUCAAAGUCUUGAUUUGAAAGCAUGGUUGAUGCUAUUUUCUGACUUCUUUGGCUUAUUGUUGACAUCAUCUGAAGUAACACGGAGAUCGGGAAAAUCAGGACAGUGACAUCCAGGUAAGCUAUUUGGGGAAUAAAGUCACUUGCUCAGCUCUUUAUUGUAAUUUCUGCUGAACUUUUGUACAAAAAAUAGGCACAUUUAAAUUACUUCUGAUAUAACAUUGAGACCACAUUGCAAUAGGGCACAACAGCAAAAGCAUUCUCUCCUCCGAGGCCCCGGCACAUUUUCAGUAAGAAAGAGAGAACUUUUGUAUACUUUGGUUGUUCGUUUACAGAGACAGAGGUUUUAGGCUGAGGUGAAUCAAACCUUUGGAAACAGGUUGCUGCUGACAGGGAAUUUCAGCUUUAACUUUGAAACCUCCACCUCUAAACAGGCUGCGAUACAGGCCUCCAUAACCAAGCACCACCACCACAUGUGCACAACAGAGCAGCAACUUCCUCUCUGAAGAAAGGAAGCCAAUGCUGAAAUGCUAAAGACUGCAGCUCCCAGCGUGUCCACUAGAGGCUGUCUUCAGAACCAGGAACAACACAUACACCGAGCCAAAGAUUACACUUUUAUGUCUUACUGAACUCAAGAGUAUAUUUCACCCAUGACACACACUAGAGGAUGACAUUUUUCGGGAAUUCCCGUGGGUCACGUGAUUCCCACGGGAUGGGAGUCAUUUUUUAAUUAAUCCCAUGAUCGGGACGGGGCGGGGGAAAAAAGCAACGGGACCGGGCAGGAGCGGGAACAACAUUAAUAGGUUAUCAUUUUCAGCCGUGUUAAACAAUCAGAUGAACAGAUGCGUCCAUUUUUGUAGUCAUCUCUCAGUGAGAGCCAACACUCUUGACCGCGCUAGUAACACAAAAGAACUACAACAGUGGUUUGACUUCUUGUCACCACCUGAAGUGAAAAGCGACUCGGAGCAACACACAUUAUGGCUGUGUCUCAUUCCAGAGACCGCAGAAGGCAGCUGAACGCACUGCAGUUAUGUGGACUUGAGUACCCUGAGUGAGAUGGUCUGGUUUUUGUGAAAGGGGAUGGUCUACCCUUUGGAGGACUUCCUGGUUGAGUCGCCAAAUGUCCCCGCCCUCAGGCUCGCGUCACGACUGACUUGAAGAAAAGCCGCGGAGCGCAGCAGUUAUUUUUUAAUUGUGCGACCUUGCACAGACACAAAACAAUAGAUAAAUACAAGCACAGAUCAUUCCCACAAAAUUCAUUCAGUGAUUGCAUGUUUUGUAUGAAGGAGUAUGAGGGCCCUAUUGAGAAUUUUUUUUAAAGACUUCGAGAUCAAAGUCGUGAAUUUACAAGAAUAAAGUCAUGAAUUUAUGAGAAUAAAGUCAUAAGGUUACCUGUUUUUUCAGAGGAGAGUUGUUAAAAUUAGGGCCAUGAAGCAUUUGAAGGAACUGUGCUUCAGUAUAGGUCUCACAAACAAGGAGAUACUUCAUCCUUUGGCUCAUCGGCAUUACAUUGUCACAAGUAUAAAGACUUAAAAAAGAAUAUAUGAGACAUACGUCUUUUCCACGGGGAAAAAGAAACAGGUGUACUUGGAGGAAAUCACUGCUUUUGUGGAGGCAGAAAUGGAUAUGCUGCGGAUAAAUCCGUCAAUGCAGCCGUAAAUAUCCGUGAAUGGCAUUGAGCUUUCGUUCAUGAUAUGAAUCCAUAUGCCAUAAUAAGGCGUUGGUGUCUCUGCAGGUGUAGGUUACCGCCGGUGUCAGAGAGGUGGUGAUCGUCGGAGUUUGACUCCCUCUGGAUCACAAAUGCUGAUCAUCAGUUUGAUUGUUUCUUAAAAAACCACAAAAACUCUCUGAAUGACCUGCUGAUAUAUCCACUGAUAACCCUGCAGUGGACUAGCUCCACCCAUUUCUCCCUCCACAAAAGCAGCUUUAUGACUUUAUUUACUUUAUGACUUUAUUCUCCUAAGUUUACAACUUUAAUCUCUAAGUCUUAAAAAAAAAAAAAAAAAACUCAACAUGUCAAUGAUACUCUGCUGUAGUUUUGUCAGCUUUCCUAUUUCUAAUGUGUUUGAUUGUGGUAGCAGAGUGGAUCAGUUCUUUUCUAAGGAGUAUAAUGUUUGGUUUGCAGCUUUUCGUGAGUUAGAGCAUGCGCUCAUGGAGCCUGAGCUGACUGUCUGCUGUUUUUGGAUUUCUUUUAUUUUCUUUGAAGACGCGCUGCGUCUCCAAGCGAGUCAGAGUCCAGCCUCUCUUUGAUUUAAUUAUUUAACAUAGAAUGUAGCAGAAGUCACUGUCAGCUCAGCUGCACUGCACUGGUGUCACACUCAAAUCGGUCCAUGUGGGACCACAUACCAAACAUAACAAUCCUAUUGUUACAGCCUUUUUCUUUUUUGUUUUUUUUGAAGUGUAAACGUAAACUCUUACUCAUAGGAAAAGUGCAAUAAUAUCACAACAUUAGAAAUAUAAACUUGUAAAAUGUAAACAGUACUGAGAAUAAACUCUUCUGAGUAAUAACGUGAAAAAUAACAAAUAGCAAUUUAUCUCACCACAAUAUUACUCAAAGGCAAAUUACUUGUAGGUUUUCCAAAAUACAAAAUUCACUGAAUCUGUCAGGUGCAAUAAGUCGUGUCAUAACGUUCAUUGUCAUUUUCUUUUCUUUUUUUUUUUUCUUUAAAUCCCAGAGGACCGAAGCCCUCAGUUCCAAUCAAUCCCCCCCAAAGGCCAUGUGCCCCCUCAAAGGCCAUGUGUCACAUAAGUGACCAAGAUCAGUGUGCAUAGUCCUGCAAGUACUUUGGAUGAAGUCUUGUGCUUGAACUCCCACAGUUGACUGAAACGGCGGAACUCUUGGGCCGUAUACUGUGGGCCAUUGUCUGAAAACAGAUGAUACGGCACACCAUGCCUAGAAAAGUGAGCCUUCAGCUUCCUUAUUACUGUACUUGACUUUGUAUCAGGUAGGUAGUCAUCUUCCCAAAAGUUAGAGUAAUAGUCAGCUGUGAUGAGGUAGUUCUUAUUGUCAAAGGUAAACAAAUCUGUACCAAUCUUGGCCCAUGGUCUACCUUCAACCUCAUGUGGAUGUGAGGUCUCUUUUUGUUGUUUUGUGUCAACUGAUCCGCAUAUGUCACAUUUAGAUAUGAAUGUCUUUAUCUGUUCAUUCAUUCCAGGCCAGUAGACACAUUCCCUCGCACGCCUGAGGCAUGCCUCCACCCCCAGGUGAGAGGAGUGAAUCCGGUCGGUGAUGUCCCUUUGUAGGGAGUAUGGGAUGACAGCUCUCUCCCAUCUGAAGAUGAUGUCAUCCUGUACACUCAAUUCCUCCUGGAAUGAGUAGUAGUGCAUAAUGUCCCUCGGAGUGUCUUUCUUAUGUUUAGGCCAUCCCUUCUGAAUGGUGUCACUCAGUGUCUGUAGCGUUUUGUCCGUUUGUGUAGCAGAGCGGAUUGUGCUCAUUCUCUCCUCAGAGAUAGGCAAGUAGGCCACCAUGUUGACCGUCUCGAUCUCCGCUUCCACUGUACCUUUAGAUGAGCACUCUGGUAAGUAUGCUCUGCUCAGUGUAUCCGCAAGCAACAUGUCAUGGCCUGGGACAUAAAUAACAUCCAAAUCAUAUCUCUGAAGCCUGAGCAGCAUACGUUGGAGUCUCUUUGGUGCACUUAACAGUGGCUUCCUGACAAUGUUCUCCAACGGCUUAUGGUCAUUCUGUACUGUCACUUUCUGGCCAUAAGUGUAUUGAUGGAAUUUUUCCAUGCCAUAGACAAUAGCUAAGCAUUCUUUUUCGAUUUGGGCAUAGCCCCUUUCAGUUGGUGUCAGUGCUCUGCUCCCGAAUGCUACAGGUUUUCCUUCUUGUUUCAGUGCUGCUCCUAGACCUGUUUCUGAAGCAUCACGCGGCAAUGUCAGUUCCUCUUGAUGGUUAUAGUACUUUAGUACUGGUGCUUUGGCUAUAUUAUCCUUGAGCCUGCUGAAUGCUCUGUCAUGCAUUUCUGUGCAUUCCCACAUAUAUAGCUGUCUCAGUAUCUCACAGUCAUGUGAGAGGUGUUUGAAGAAUUUAGAGAGAUAAUUCACCAUGCCUAUCAGUCGCUGUACACCCUUCACAUCAGUUGGUCUCGGUAUGUCUCUCACUGCCCUGAUCUUCUUGGGGUCAAUUUUCAGUUUAUCUACGGUCAGCAGGUGUCCGAUGUAUGGCACCUCCUGCUGCCUCAACCUGAACUUUUCUGCAUUCAGUUUGACAUUCUUUUCUCUGCAUCUGCUUUGAAACUGUCUCAAUUUCUCAUCAUGGUCCUUGUAGGCCAUCUCUUGUGUAUCACCUUCUCCUGUGAUCAAUACGUCAUCUGCGAUUAGAUAGAUGCCUAGCAGACCCUCCAGCGCUUGAGUCAGCAUCCGCUGGAAAAUCUCCGGUGCAGGGCUGAUUCCCAUAGGCAUCUUGAGCUACCUAAAUCUGCCAAACGGUGUAGCAAAGGUAGUUAGAUAGCUCGACUCCUCCUCUAAUUUCACAUGCCAAAAUCCGUGUUUGACAUCACAGACUGUGAAGACCUUCGCUCCACCCUCUUGUUGAUCUCGAUCCUGUACUCUCCUUCCAAGCAGCCAUCACCUGUGGACACAUCACUGUACUCCUUCUUUAUUUGUUGCAUGUUUAGACCACUCUGGACUGGCUUCUCUUCUGUUACAAUACUGUCAAUCGCCAGUAUAUUCUCAUACUGUACUUUAAUGAGUUUCAUGGCUUCGCUUGCCUUUUUUCCCAACAGUGGCAAUCUACAGUCCUCAUUCACCACCUCAAACUCCAGGCGGUACAGUUUUUGGUUCCUCGGGUUUCUCACCUUCACCUUGCAUUUUCCAAGUGAAUGCAGUACUCUCCAGCUUAGUAUCAGGACUCAGGAGAUUAACUGGAAUGACAUUACAGCUGGCAUCACAGUCUAUCUGAAACUUCACCAGCUCCUUGCUGAUGAGCAUCCUGGUGAAAAGCUGGCUGUUCUUUGUUUUGUCAUCACUGGCAUCUCUACGAGUCACUGUGAGUAUGUCCUCAUACUCCUCACCGACCUGUUCAGUCACAUUGUGCACUCGUUUUCCUUUGUCUUUAUCCUGCUUCGUUUUAGAUUUGACAGCAAAGUGAUUUUCUUUACCACACUUUUUGCAGCAUUUCCCAAAGGCUGGACACUUGUUCUUGUCCCUUUCAUGGUUAUUUCCACAGAAUUUGCAUGAAACUGUGUUGUUUUUAUCCUGCCAUGCUGUCCGUUUCAUCAUGUGCACUUCUUCCACUGUAUGACCUCCUGCAAGGGUUCUACUAUUCUCACGUGACAGUUCUGUAGCUCUGCACAACUGUAGGCAAUUAUCCAAUGUCAGGUUGUCCUCCCUGAGCAAUCUCUCUCCUAGUCCAGAAUCAGUAAUGCCACAUACAAUUCUAUCACGUAUGAGGGAGUCUUAUUUGUCCAAAGUUGCAUGUGCUAGACAACAUUCUCAGAUCAGUGACAUGUGUAUCAAUGUUUUCAUCCUGUCCCUGAUUUCUCAUGAAAAAGCGAUAUCUCUCAACUGUUUCAUUUACAGUCCUCCUGGCAGCAGUCACAUCACUCAUUAGAGUUUCACACAGUUCUCUACCUUUCUCUCCAAUCAGAUAGUAGAACAAUUUCACUUUUGUGGUUUCUUCUGCCUCUGGUAUAGAAAGCUCCAAAUAAAGUGUAAACUCCUCUUUCCAUGAUUUCCAUGACUUUGCAAGAUUGCCAGAGUCAAAACAUAAUGUUGACGGGGGUUUCAGACCAUCCAUUGCCGACUGACGUGACGUGCAUCUUCUACACCACACUACUUGUUAUUGUUAGCAACAGGCUAGCUGAUUAGCUGCACAGCAAAAGUUCGUUUUUUCACUUUUCUCUUACUUUCAAUUUUUUUCUGCUGCCACCAUGAAUCAUUCUUGCCCUCCAUGCAUAGAAUGGACGAUUAAAGCAAUUGUAGCUGCUUACACUUUUAUUUAAUUAUUUAACAUAGAAUGUAGCAGAAGUCACUGUCAGCUCAGCUGCACUGCACUGGUGUCGCACUCAAAUAGGUCUGUGUGGGACCACAUACCAAACAUAACAAUCCUAUUGUUACAGGAGCGGGAUGGGAGUGGGAGUCAUUCUACAGGAGUAGGACAGGACAGGAUAAAUUUUUUACUCUGGUCCGGGAUUGGCAAGGGACGGGAUUUUUUCUCUGGGGGUGGGACGGGACAGGAUGAAAUUCCGCUCCCAUGUCAUGCUCUAACACACACUACACAGGAGUGAUUUAUUUUGUAAUACAUUCACCAGAAGUUAUGGGGUUAGAAGAUUGGCAAAUCAGAGGCACGGCUCAGUUGACUGACAGGCAGGGAAACUGUAGCCAUUUGUGCGGCGGCUAAAGGCCCACCUCUAGGAGGUUGACUGGAACCACUAAUGGGAAUCAAAACCCUACUUCACCAACAAAUGGACACCAACACUGAUGCUACAACUCUUUAUUAUACAAAAUGCAUUUAGUCCUCACACAACAGUCAUACUCUCCUCAACAGUGACGUAGCCACAGUGAUGGUUUAAAAAGGUUGUGUAAUAAAGUGAUUUGUAAUGCACAACAACUGGACUAAACCCUGGUCAGGGCUGGAUCGAUCCAUCUUUAUGUAUAUAGUACCAAAUCACAACAAAUGUUAUGCCAAGAUGCUUAAAAAAGCUGGUCUGGACCAGAAUUUAUUUAGUAAGACCCAGUGUAAGGACGAGGUCAGAAUGAGCCCCCCAUCCUGUAAAAUCAGACCAACUCCUAUCCCAUCUUUAAUCAAAUGAGUGAAACACUUUACAGCAUUUAGAGAGUUAGUGUGGAGAGAAAGAACUUCCUUUAACAGGCAGAAACCUCGAGCAGAACCAGACUGAUGUUAGACGGUCAUCUGCUGAGACUGAGCUGGGUUUAGAGAGGAAAGAGAGGGUGAAAGAGAGAGAUGGACAGAGUAGAGAGGGAGAUGAAAAGAGAAAUAGAUCGACAUAGAAGAGACUGGUAGAGGGGGAUGGAGAGAGAGAGAGAUGGGGAGAGGUGAAGGAGUCCAAGGUGCUCCAUGUGGCAGUACCACCUGCAGUCUGGACCUAUAGCAGUAUAACUUAAAGCUGGUCCGGUUUGUUAGGCUUAUCAAAGCGCCUCAACCCCUCCCUUUGUUAAAGCCCCGCCCUCUCCUUGUCGUCAAACAAGUGUGGUAGAAGUCUUACUUUGCUUCUGGGCACAUUUAGUUGAAAUGGUGCUCUUAUAUUUGAUGUUGAUUAUUAACAGCAGAGCUGGGAUUUACAUGUUUGUUAAACACAUCCUCCUGAUUAAAUAUGGGUUUUUGUACAUAACUCGUUGAGCUUACUGGACUCCAUCAAGACAAAAUAAAAGAGGUUGACUGAAGAAAACACAGUCCAAGCAGGGAAACAGGAGAGAAAUUAAACUGAAGGUCUCAGAGAUUCAGUUAGAAAGUUGACUGUGCUGAGUUUUGAACACAAAGAAGUUCAUAAAAUCAUCUUUCGUGGCUCUCAAGUACAGACAGGAGUUCAAUCUCUGCAUCACAAGCUGUUUUUAUUGAAGAGGGACUCAUAGUGAGUGUGAAAAUGUUUAUAUUUUAAAAUGCAACAGUAUGAGACUGUCACCACAAAAAGCCAAAACAUAAAAAAACACUGUGAUACCUGAAGAAAUCUGAUAUGGUUAAAAGUGCAAUAAAUGAUCAGCAGCCGUCCCAGACUUCUCCCUCUGGAGAUCUCUCCACUUUUUAUCUGCUGAUCAGCAGUUUCAGCUCUGGCCUUGUUGGUUUUAGUGCACAGCAGAGGACAGUCUCAGCAGAAGAACUUGCUGAGACAGACUGAACUGAUGCAAUAUCAGGGACUCGUCUUUAAAAAAAAAAAAAAAAAAAAAAAGACUUUCAGGGCUCCAGUAGGGAGAUUCUGUAAAACUCUGCCCCCCAGCUUUCGAUGUGAGACUCUAAACUUAAGCUGAACUAGAGCUGAAACAGCUACGGCUCAUUGCUGCAGGCAGCAUCCCCAGAGUGUUACAGUAAGCUGAAAAUGGACCUCACAUGAAAAGUCUGACUGUGAUGAACUGAGUGAUGAAACUCGCAACAUCUAACAUGAAAUACUGGCAGUUUUCCUGCGUUACAUCAUCCUGAUUCACGCAGUCCCAGUAAACGCUGAUUUCUUGUACUUACACCUCUCUCUGUUGGCACAUUUGGUCUUGAUAGACGUUUUCUUUUGGCUUCAGAGUGCAUCAAGAUUUCUGAGUUUCGAAAACUCCAGCACUUAAUCACCUCCUCAUUUAAAUGCACACAGUAACAUAUGUGAUUUCCCCUUUCUAAGACGUGGUUUACACACAACUAACUCUGCUAAAGGUGAGAUUUCCAGUUUAAGUUAGAAAUAUAUUAUGGGAUGGAUAAAAUCAAAGUAGCAACUUUUUAUGUUGAAAUAAAAUUAAGUUACUGCCUAUAAAGAGUACCAAACUACAGUUCCUGAAGUGUCCACUACCAGCAGGCCUGUUCCCAUCAGAGCUCUUAUUAAAACACCUGUUUUACAACCCCAUUCUGUUUAUUCCUGAAAACUGCACUGGGGUAAAUUCCACCAAUCAUUUAUUCUGAUAGAAAUGAGGAAAAGAGUUUGGCAGAAUAAAAGAUAAGACGUCAGAAUAAAAAGAAAAAUAUAAAAUUUCAAAGUGGGCAGAUAACAGACCUAUUGUUACAUAUUUGAGAUGUUGUGAAGCAGUGAGUUGGACCUCACACCUUCAUGCACGCAUGUUUGGGUGUGGUAGAUGUGAGGCUUGGGGUCAGCAAAGUUGCAUAAGCUCAGAGAAGGACAUCUCGCAGCGUGAAUGUGCUGGAGGGGCUAAAUUUCAGUAAAAAAAGGUGUGACUUACUGCAUCAUACAGACCACGCCCCCAAAUAUCUGGGGUGGGAACUUGGCCCCUAAAUUUAGCCUCAGCAGCAGCCUUGCAGCAUUGACAUGAAGGGGCCAUCUUAGCUUUGAGGAAAAAUUCUCCUGGGUCCAUCACCACCUUCCUGCAGCUGUUAAGAAACUAAGAUUAUACAGAUAACUGCAGUUUUUUUCCUAAUUCAUGUGCAGCAGACUCAAAUCAGCUCUGUGACAUCUUGUGCAACAUCCUUUCUGUUUUCCAGGUGAUGGUGUAUAUAACCCUAGUUGGUUUCUGCAGCCUUGGUUGAGAUCAUGUCUUUUGUGUCAGAAGCCUGGGCUGCACGCCAAGUCCUCAGGUCUCUUUACAGUAUCAGGACCAUGUUCAUUAACAAGGAGAAAGCAGUGAAACACCUUGGCACAGACAGACGGAGUCCAGCCAUGUGGAACAGACCCCCUGUAAUACACAGAGCGAGCAGGACAGCGGGAACCACAACUAAAACUGCUGCAGCUGAGUUUCACUUCGAGAAUACCUUUAUUUUAUCAGAUUCACUGAGCUCCCGCUAAACCUGCAGGGUGUCUGUGAGUCUCUUAGACCUGGAUCUGAGAUAGUCCCCUACCUUUACUGAGACACAUUGUUUUAACCGCACAGUAGAGACUGCAGGUGAUUGAAAAGCAGCUUUUUUCAAAUCUGUUCCAGUGAUCACAGAGAAAAUAGCUCUUUGUUUGCAGAGACAUCUGAUUUUGUGUUGUGUUGUUUGCUGACAUAAGCACAAAACAAAUGUGUGCUUAUGAAGCAAAAUCUGCUUGAUGUCCUUGGAGAGUCCUACAGCUGAGGGUCCAAGUUCAUAGUACGUUUCACUGUGAGUACACACCAUGUUUGCUGCAAAGCGUUAAAUGCCAACGAAAACAUCAAAUGGGGCUAUUAAAUCAAUUAUUACCUCAGAAACAGAUUACAGGCUUCAUAGAAGUCUCACCAUAUCCAGAAAAGCUCCCAGAUACCAGAAAAAAACAACAACCCAGCUUCAGUCUGUUCAUUCAGACAAGCAAACACAUUAACAAUCAGUCUUUAAACAUACUUUACAUAACACAUAAUUACACAUUAUCUGAUUAUUUUGGAUGACAUCUUCAAACCAACAGCAAUCAUUUACUCUAUUUGGAGGAAUUUUGCAGACUGUUAGUGAUAUUUUGCAUCCAUCAAAAAAGUGUACAAAAAUGUAUUUGUCAAAGUCUUGUGUUGCUAUCGUUAAUGGUAUAUUGGAUGUUGUUGAUGAUGUUAACAAAGUUAAUGUAUGUAGGAUUACCAGUCCUCAUACAUCAACUUCAAACUGAGUCAAUCAAGUAAAAACACUAAAAUGACUACAACAAGUAUUGAGACCGUUGGACAGUCAACAGGCUUGAAAAGAUAACAAGAACUUCCAUAAAUUCCAAAACAGCUUUAUAAAACUCAUAUAGUUUGCCAGAUUUUUAAAGCACCGAUUUGUAUCUGGGUUCCUCUGAAAAAUCCCCAAACCGAAUACUGUACAUGAGCACCAAUUCCAUCAAUUCUGUUUGGCUAAUCCCUCAUUGGGUUUAGGUACCAGUGCAGAUGCUUUUUUUCCACCUAAACAUGAGUUGGCAUGAGAAGUCAUCACAUGCGAUUAUGUGGUAUAAUAACCUCAAUGACAGUCUGUCCUGCUCGUUUUAACCGUGUUCAAUGGAACUGAACAUAUGUGUGUGUGUGUGUGUGUGUGUGUGUUUAUAUAUAUAUAUAUAUAUAUAUAUAUAUAUAUAUAUAUACAGUACAGGCCAAAAGUUUGGACACACCUUCUCAUUCAAUGCAUUUUCUUUGUUUUCAUUACUAUUUAAAUAGUAGAUUCUCAAAACUAUGAAUGAACACAUGUGGAAUCAUGUGCUUAAGAAAAAAGUGUGAAAUAACUGAAAACAUGUUUUAUAUUUUAGAUUUCUCAAAGUAGCCACCCUUUGCUUUUUUGAUAGCGCUGCAAACUUAAGCUGUUCUCUCAAUGAGCUUCAUGAGGUAGUCACCUGAAAUGGUUUUUACUUCACAGGAGUGCCUGAAGUAACCCUGACAAGGUACUUCUGUCAUCAAGACCAAAGGAUGGCUAUUUUAAAGAAACUAGAAUAUAAAACAUGUUUUCGGUUAUUUCACACUUUUUUUAUAAGUACAAAAUUCUACAUGUGUAAAUUCAUAGUUUUGAUGCCUUCAGUGAUAAUCUACAAUGUAAAUAUUCAUAUAAAAAAAUAAAGAAAAGACACUGAAUGAGAAGGUGUGUCCAAACUUUUGGCCUGUACUGUAUAUAUAUAUAUAUAUAUAUAUAUAUAUAUAUAUGUAUAUACAUAUACACUCACCGGCCACUUUAUUAGGUACACCUGUCCAACUGCUCGUUAACACUUAAUUUCUAAUCAGCCAAUCACAUGGUGGCAACUUAGUGCAUUUAGGCAUGUAGACAUGGUCAAGACAAUCUCCUGCAGUUCAAACCGAGCAUCAGUAUGGGGAAGAAAGGUGAUUUGAGUGACUUUGAACGUGGCAUGGUUGUUGGUGCCAGAAGGGCUGGUCUGAGUAUUUCAGAAACUGCUGAUCUACUGGGAUUUUCACGCACAACCAUCUCUAGGGUUUACAGAGAAUGGUCCAAAAAAGAAAAAAUAUCCAGUGAGCGGCAGUUCUGUGGGCGGAAAUGCCUUGUUGAUGCCAGAGGUCAGAGGAGAAUGGCCGGACUGGUUCGAGCUGAUAGAAAGGCAACAGUGACUCAAAUAACCACCCGUUACAACCAAGGUAGGCAGAAGAGCAUCUCUGAACGCACAGUACGUCGAACUUUGAGGCAGAUGGGCUACAGCAGCAGAAGACCACGCCAGGUGCCACUCCUUUCAGCUAAGAACAGGAAACUGAGGCUACAAUUUGCACAAGCUCAUCGAAAUUGGACAAUAGAAGAUUGGAAAAACGUUGCCUGGUCUGAUGAGUCUCGAUUUCUGCUGCGACAUUCGGAUGGUAGGGUCAGAAUUUGGCGUCAACAACAUGAAAGCAUGGAUCCAUCCUGCCUUGUAUCAACGGUUCAGGCUGGUGGUGGUGGUGUCAUGGUGUGGGGAAUAUUUUCUUGGCACUCUUUGGGCCCCUUGGUACCAAUUGAGCGUCGUUGCAACGCCACAGCCUACCUGAGUAUUGUUGCUGACCAUGUCCAUCCCUUUAUGACCACAAUGUACCCAACUUCUGAUGGCUACUUUCAGCAGGAUAAUGCGCCAUGUCAUAAAGCUGGAAUGAUCCCAGACUGGUUUCUUGAACAUGACAAUGAGUUCACUGUACUCAAAUGGCCUCCACAGUCACCAGAUCUCAAUCCAAUAGAGCAUCUUUGGGAUGUGGUGGAACGGGAGAUUCGCAUCAUGGAUGUGCAGCCGACAAAUCUGCGGCAACUGUGUGAUGCCAUCAUGUCAAUAUGAACCAAGCUCUCUGAGGAAUGCUUCCAGCACCUUGUUGAAUCUAUGCCACGAAGAAUUGAGGCAGUUCUGAAGGCAAAAGGGGGUCCAACCCGUUACUAGCAUGGUGUACCUAAUAAAGUGGCCGGUGAGUGUAUAUAUAUAUCCUGCAGGCAUAUAUAUACUAUAUACCUCAAGCAGUGCAGUUAACAAAAACAUGCAACUGUGCAUAUUUUUGUCAUGUAAGUACGCUGAAAAGGAUCACUCGUCAUUUUUAUCUUGUUGUGAUGAAGAGCGACAUGAGAAAGAAGUGCUGCUUGUAUUUACACACAGGUUGAGGUGUCUUUGUGGUUGUAUGUGAAAAGGGUAAAUGGCAUAAAAGCACUCAGUGAUAACAGGAAUAAAGGGGGUGGUGUAAGUCUGCUUCAGGCUCUGUGCAGCAUUUAGAUUAGAUCAACGGAGCUGAAAGUUUGCAGGAACACUCAAGUCUUUUUAUAGAACUUAUUAAUGCAAAAUGAUGAAAAACUGGAAAUUAUGCUGAGUUAUACACUUUGAAACAAAGAUUUAAAAAAUGAUCUGGGAUGUAAUGUCACCCUACAAUCUACUACAGUAUUUUUAAAUAGGCCAGAGAAUGCUUCAGAGUACAGCGGUGUUCCUACAGUAAACUUUAGGAGCAGGUUUCUGUACAUUGACUCUCAAUCUGUCUGUGCACACUGUAAUGUUUUCUAGUUAAAAAAACACACACACACAAAAGCACUGCAGACAGUUUUUUUUUCUCCCCAAAAUAAAACAAAACCAUCCCUGACAAAUCGUUAAAGAGCUACUACACAUCUGACCGAUGGCUGCAUCCACACUGAUAGUGUUUAUAUGGUGUUUCUUGGAACUGCUGCACACAAAAACAAACAAACAAACAAAAAAAAAAACACACAGAUACUGUUUGUUUGUCUCUCACGGUGUGUCUUUGAUUAUCCCCCACAGCGCAGCCAUUGGGCCUAGUAAACAGGAAGAGGAGGACUAUGAAGACGUGCCCAUAAAUAAGACCUGGGUGUUAUCACCAAAGGUCUAUGAAAGCGAUGUGACUUUGAUCCUGAACAAACUGCUGCUGGGAUAUGACAACAAACUGCGGCCCGACAUCGGAGGCAAGUAGAGUUCAACCUCAGGAUAUGUUCUUUGUUUAAGCUGUGUUUCCACAAAACCUCAGCUCACAGAGAGAACUGGGGUUGAAAAAGAAGUUUAUUUGGUGGAUUUUGUUACUGUUUGUGUGGAGUGUGCUUAUAUUGUCUGAGAGAAACUUUGUACAAUUAAUAUUCAAUUUGAUAUUACAAUGGAGUUAAAAAAAAAAAAAAGGUUACAAAACACCCCUAUGCAAAGCAUGUUAAGAUUUCAACAAAGGAGGCAAACUAGUAUUUGGUCUGUUGCUCUUAUUUUGGAUAUUUUUUACAGACAUUGAAACAGUAUAUUUGAGAGCAUUGAAGACAGCAAACCUGACAAAGCUUGGCUGUAUAGAAACAAAGUUGUGUAGUCGUAAGGUCUGCUUGAUUAUAGAAGAAAAAAAAAAGUGUAAUCAUGAUAACUUUUGUGAAUAUUAAUGUCACAAUGAUUAAAACAGUUACCCAAUAUUUGACAUAGGCAUCACACUCAUUUACUCAACUUAAAACCUCAUGAAAAUGCUUAAUUCUUUGAAAAGCACAACAAAGUAAGAAAAACACUCAAGCUUUCCCUUUUGUUUACUAAACCAUAUCUAUCUGUCUUUAAAUGAUAUACAUUUUUAAAAAGUCAGAUGUACCGGAUGAAAUAACUUUAGCUUAGAUUUGGUGGUGAUACUGAUGAUAAAACCUGGCAGUCACUGGCUUGUUGGUGCCCGUGUGCAUUAAUGACUGCUGCAGCCUCUAUCUCAUUCUGUACCUCAGCAUAUCAGACACACACAAAUAAACAGUCCUGCCUCCUCUAGGUCCUCUCCCUGUUCUUCUCUCUUUUCCUUCUCUUGCCCCUCUCCCUGCUCUCCUCUCUCCUGUUCCUUUCCCUGCUCUCCUCUCUCCCAUACCUUCUCCUCUCCCUGCUCUCUUCUUCUUACUCCUCUCCCUGCUCUCCUCCUCCUUCUGCUCCUCUCCUUUCUCUCCCCUCUCCUCCUCUUGCUCCUCUCCCUGCUCUCCUCUCUUCUCCUCCUUCUGCUGCUCUCCCUGCUAUCCUCUUUCCACCUGUAGCUGCCUGAUAGUUUUAACUGCUGUGGCACAUCAUGUUGAAGAUACAGCGGUCCGACAUUAAUCUUAGCUAAAACUGUAACUUACUCUUGCUCCCAAGUUUUUUUCUGUUUCUCCGAGAUGCUAAUGAUGCUUAAUUCUUUAUCCUCUAACUUUUGAAUCAUGUAAAUGAGAGGCUUGAUGACCAAUCCCUCUCCUCCCUGCUUUCUGUGUAGAAAUGCUUAAGCCACGACACAGAGGAACAAAAGACAAGUCCAGAAAAUGAAUGAUUAACACUUACCACAGCUCCCAUUGGCCUUGUGUCAAUCCAGCCUUGUUCUUUAGCUGUUCUCCCACCAAUGUUAGCUAAUUUUGCUUUUCUAAUUACAGCCCAUUACAGUUAAAAUAAAUUUGUAAAAGUACAUUUGUAAAGUAUCAGGGCCAUUAUUAAUCAAGCAGAAUGGCUGCAAUGAGGUUGUUUUUUAUUUCCAAGUAAUGGCUGGAUAAAUCGAAAGGUUAUGUACAUAUCUGAGAGGGCUUUGAGUGACAUUUACAUUAUAGUGUAUGACUUUAAUGUCACUCUGGAGACAGUUAACUGUCAACACAUAUAAAGGGCUGUUCACAUCAGUGAUAUUAAAGUGAAUAUUCAUACCCUUUUUAGAAUUGAAACUCCCAGCAGGCAAAAAGCGGCAUAUUAAAAAAAUCUGACAAAGCACACUGAAAGAAUCUUGACAACACCAACAUGACUACCCACUUUAAGUUGUCAAGAAAAAAUACAUUUUCCAGAGAAGUCCGGCCUGAGGGUUGAGUUGACUGUCUUGACCUUUAGUCUGACUAAAGAAGGUGCUGCAGUGAUAACAGGUGGACAGGAUGCAGUUCUCUGUCAAGUCUGACUUUGUGAUUAAAGUUGAUAAGGUAUUAACUCAUAAACAGGUACAAACAUGUUGAUUCAGUCACUGUCAACACAGUGUGUCUUCUUUUGUGUUCCAGUGAGGCCCACAGUCAUUGAAACAGCCGUGUACGUCAACAGCAUCGGACCGGUUGACCCCAUUAACAUGGUGAGACUACCUCUUCUGAUUGCCUGUCCUUGCCUGUUCACAAAAAAACACCAAUAGUAGCAUGAGUGUCUUACAGAACUACAACCCUGAUUUUAGAAAAGUUUGGUUGCUGUGUCAAAUGUAGGUCAAAUUUGCAUCAUGCAACAAGGACACCAUUUAUUAAGUUGACCCAGAAAUGCCAGAAACUUCUCUGGGUCUGUGCCCCUCAAAGAUGGACUGAGGUGAAGUGGGAAACUGUUCUGUGGUCGGGCUUUUUAGAAAUCAUGGACACUGCACCCCUGAUGGUAUGGGGAUCAUCAAAGUCCAUGUCAUUGGUAGCUUCCACAUAUGUGAAGGCUCCAUCAAUGCUGAACAAUAUUUACAGGUUUAGGAGGAAUAUCUGCUGACAUCCAGACAAAGACUUUUUCAGGGAAGGCCUUCAUAUUUCAGCAAAACUAUGACAAACCACAUUUUGACAACAGGGAUUACAACAGCAUGGCUCUGUAGGAGAAGAGUCCUGCUGAUAAAAUGGUCUGUCUGCAGUCCUGACUUGAAAAAAGGUACAUUCAAGAGGAAGACAAAAAAUACAGGUCAGGAAGUCAACAAAGAUGUGAGGAUUUAUUGUCUGGAAGUCACAAUUCCUCUUUAUGGCAAGUUUCUCAGGAGAACUGAAAUCAGUCAGGAUCUGUCCUGUGUGAAGUAGUGGUGUGUCGGUCUUGAACGAACGGAUCAAAAGAACUAGUUCUUUUUGGUGAACGAAUUGAACGAGGUCACCCCCCCUAAAUGAUCAGUUCAGCCCGUUCAGUUCUUUUGAUUGGCUGAAGAGUCAGUUCACCGUUCCUUAGGGCGGGACUAUCUCUGUGCUUGCCUGUCUUAUCCUAUCGUCGCGCCUCGCUCUGUGUGUGGGUGGGGCUUAGAGAAACAGCAGCAGUACUGAGCUUACUGAAAGACCGGGAUGACCGAGUUGACUGAAAGACCGAGUUGAACGAAAGACCCGGACCGAUGAACGACUCAGUCUCUGUCUUUUCAGUCAGCUCGGUCUGACCGAGAGAUUGACCAACUCUCAGACUGACUGAGUACAAGCUUUCACUCUCUGCGAGGUGCUGUCAGCCUGUCACUAGCCGGCCGACUUGUGAACGCAACGUGAUGUACUGAAUAAAAUAAACUAUAAGGCAGUCUCUUGCGGGGGUAUCUGUACUCACGAGUCCAACAAACAGUGCCGUGGCCGCCGCACGAGCCGAGCCCGAGCGAGCAGGACAGUCACACACACACAAAAGCACACAGCUGCUGCUGCAGACAGAGGCAGAGAGACAACUAUUAAACAAUAAAAUGAAAUAAGAACGAAUAGAAUUGUGUGUGUGUGUGUAUAUAUAUAUAUAUAUAUAUAUAUAUAUAUAUAUAUAUAUAUACAUGAACGAACAAACUGACUAACGACCGAUUGACCGAAAUGAACGGGUCUUUUUACUGAACGACCCGGAAUGAUCCGGUUCACUGAAAUGAACGGUUUUGCCCACCACUAGUGUGAAGCUAAUACAUACAUCUGACUGUUCAAAUAUACAAGACUCUAACUCCACAAAGUCAGACAGUCUCCUUUGUCAUGUUGUCCACAACAGCCCUCUCUCACACUCACAUUCAAAGUAGUGUCAGAAACAGAGCUGAGCUUUCAGCUGAUGCUGAUCACACCGAAGCACCAUGAACCAGAAUGGGCUCUUUUUUUGUUCCUCGCCGGCAACGUGGUGUACGCGGUCAGGUCAGGUCCGCCACGCCGAUAAGGUGUGCCCAAACACAUUUUGGUAUUUUGGUGAGCGGUGCAGCCCUGCGUAAGUAUCCCCCCUCCCUUACUCAGCUCCUCCCGGUAGUAGUCAAAGAGAUCAAGAGAUGUCUGAAGACAGCAAUGCCACACGAUGGCGACAGAAAGCAGCACCUCAACAAGUGUUGCUGUAAGCGCUGCAGAGGGCAUCCUGCGCACUGUCUCAUAUAAGCACAGAUGGGUUUGGUGUGUGUAAUGUUGGACCCACUAGUAAGACAAACAUCCUUUCCACAAAUAAAGACACUCGUAUAAAGUUGCACAUAUUCAAACCUCACGUGACAAAGUGGGUUGUACGCACAGAUCACAACAUACAUUCAAAUAAUGGCAUUAAAAUCGGAACCAUCCGUGCAUAAAGGACACAUCACGCUCCGUGGCCUGGCUCUUUCUUUCAUAGAUGUUGGCAUAUAAAAUAAAUUUGGCUCACAAAACUGAAUAUUGUAAUAUUCGUAUGUAGGCUGAAAGUAAAUAACUCAUCUGAUCACUGAAACAAAUCAUCAUUUCAGCCGGUGCAGCAGCAGCUGCAGCAGGAUGGGGAGAGGACACGGAGACAUGUCCAGGUCCGGCUGCGUGAGAAAUAAGAGGAAGAGGAAGAAAGAAAAGGAGGGAGACGAAUUACAUAUCUUGUUAACUUCAUCAUGUGUGUUUAUUUACUAGAUAUUUCAUUGAAUUUAAUGCGGUUUCAGCUGUGUUAAUUCAGUCAGGUUUAGUGUCCAAACGCGUGCCAAAUGCGCUCUUCAGAUAUAUCUAUACAGAUCUAAAUGUUUGUGCUGACUCAGAUUAUUAGUUGUUGAUGAUCAUUUAUUUUACUGAAAUGUGCCUGACACUGUGGAAACCUGCUGGUGAGGCAUUGAUGACUUAUGCCGAUACGCCGCCGGUCUACCAAAAUACCACUAGACCAGCUGCACUCCGCCUGCGCUGAAAGCUGACCAGGUUUAAAUCGGCGAGCUUUCAGCGCACUUUUCUCGCCAGCGGCGAGCAUGAAAGUGCCACUGCAGCUGAUUUUGUCGACACCUCCCCCUGCCGCGCCACCGCGCCCAGCUUGGCAGACCUUGUGCGCCUCAGUUCAUGAAAAUGCCAAACACCGGACUCCGCCAGAUGAAAAUACCACUGCGAGAGGUCUGGGCAUGAAAAUAGAGCCCAAUAUCUGUUUGUCCUUCUCUACAUAUAAGUCAACUGAUUUAGCUUCAAACUAAAUUUGAUAUGGCUAGGGAAAGAAAGAAUGAUUUUCUUCAUUACAGGAUCUUGAAACAAGUCAUGUCCCCCCCCCCCCCCCCGUUCCAAUCAAUACUCAAUUGUCCGUCUAAGUACUGAUACAUUCAUGUAUCAUUUGGAGUUUUAAAACUUAGUUGCACUCAGAUGUUUUUUUUUUCCAUCUCCGUCACAGGAAUACACCAUUGACAUCUUCUUCGCUCAAACAUGGUACGACAGCCGGCUGAAGUUCAACAGCACUAUGAAGCUGCUCAUGCUCAACAGUAACAUGGUAGGCAAAAUCUGGAUCCCUGACACGUUCUUCAGGAAUUCCCGCAAAUCAGACGCCCACUGGAUCACCACGCCCAACCGCCUGCUGCGGCUGUGGAGUAAUGGCAGAGUCAUGUAUACACUGAGGUAGGGCAGUCAUGCUCCUGGUUUUUUAACAUCAGGUAGUCUUUAAACAUGAAACUAUCAACUGUUGUUUGUGCAGCUUUAGUGUGUACAUCUGUAUUCUUAUCACUUAGUGUUCUUUUAGAUGAGCCUAAUUUGUCAAAGUGUGAUCAAAUUGUCAUUGUUUCUCCUGCAUGUGUUGGUGUAAUUAUAGAGAGAACGUAAAGUACUUCUAUUCUGUUCAUCUACACUUGGGAGGGAAAAACAAGCCUGAGUUUUGCUCUUUUUCUGUCACAAUUCUGUUUCUGUCAGGUUGACUAUUAAUGCGGAGUGUUACCUUAAGCUGCAUAACUUUCCAAUGGAUGAGCACUCGUGUCCCCUGGAGUUUUCGAGCUGUAGGUGGUCGAACGUUUCCCCCUCUCAUUUUUUAACUGCCAUCUUGAGCUCAACUUUAGUAACUCGCCCAGUGAGAGGGGCUUCUCUGUGGGCCAGCAUAGUGGCUAAGCCCUUGUGUCUUCUCCUUGCCAAAUGGCCCAUCUGCUUGAGGCUGCCCUCUCUCGGCCUGUACCAAUCUAUCAUCUGCUCCACCAGCAGAGAGAGGAGGUCACCCAGUCCCAUUUUCUCUGACAGUCCUAAUGAAUUAUGCACCCUCUUCCAGUCUGAUUCAUGCUGUCUGUGUCAUCCUUCAUUUGUCUUCUUGCAUUUUGCUUUAGCCUCUCAUGUUCUGUCAUGAUCUUAAUCUUCCACACGCUGGUGAAAAAUGCAAAGACCAUUUUACAGAGUUGAGAAUAAAUCUCAGAGCCAGCACGGUUACACGAAAUGUCAUCAAAUGAGCUCAACCAAAAACUGCAGAACAGCUACAGGGAUCUUGGCUGACAUGGCUUUUGUGUGCAGCUCACCUGCUGCUUUGAAAAUGUAAGCCUAAGCCCACCAGUGCAGAGCAAAAAGGAAAAACUUAAAAGUUCCAUGGCUGAGAUUUAUUUGCACGCCAUGAAGCAACAGCAUGUUAUCAUGGUGGCACUUUAAAUAUCAGGCACAUUGGUGACAUUUUCCUGCAAGAGUUUUAGUGGGCCACCUGACUGGUUGUAAAGCAGGUUAUUUAGGAACUCACUGAAAGCUAAAAAUCUGGAUAUGAAAACUUUGGGGGCAGAAAAACUCAGUCCAUAUAAGUUUGAAGUUCUUUCAAAAUGUGCAGAGUAAUGUGAGCUUCUUCCAAGACAAUGAUAUAACUUUAAAGCAGGAGGAUCAAAUAUUGUGUCAUCAACAAAGAAAUAUGUAAAAGGAACUGUAUUGCAAAUUUAACUUUGAAGUGAUGUUACUCAUUUGAUGAUAUUUCUUCAGGCUGGGCUGGCUCAUCCAUCUCCCCAUCCGUGCUCCCCUUUGCCGUGCCAUGGUGCAAUGUUCCCUGUUGAUGUUCAUAAUAAUGAGAGACAGAUGUAAGUAACAUGUUUUACAUUCAAGAUAUGGUUCUUUAUUCUGCAGAUGGUUAUCCCAAGAAUGAGAUCAUGUACAGGUGGCAGAGACGGGCGGUGGAGGUGGCAGACCAGCGAUACUGGAGACUCUACCAGUUUGCCUUUGUAGGAUUAAGAAACACAUCUGAUGUGGCACACACCCAAUCAGGUACGGGGUAACAGGCAGGUGAGUUCAUACUGUGUUUGCUUUUGUGAGAACAGUUUGGGCUUUGGAUUGGAAAUCCAGCGGGAUUUCUCUGCAGGGGUAUGAUUCCUGACCAAGAUGCCAAAAUGUUAGUUGGAGGUUCUGACCAGUCUAAAUCCUGCUCAUGAGAUUGCCAGAUUUAUAGCAGGAGAUGUUUUAUCAUUACCAUUACCAAACUGGUUUUAGUUACAACACCAAGGGGCAGCAGGAACUAACUGACGGUUUAUACAAGUCUGAAUCAAAUCCAAUCAAAUGUCAGUUAUCCAGUCUUCUGGUCAGUGUAUUUAUCUCUGACACAAAGUGAGAGAAUAGUUCAAAUACCAAGUCGCCAUAGCUAAAGAAAGCCUGUCAAUUAUGAUCUACAACGGGUGCCAUAAACUUGCCUUUUUUUACCCAUUCCUGCCAGAGUUCUGUGAAUAUCUGACUUUUCUCUGUGCUUGUUCACAUUUAACUCUAACUCUUAUUCACUCUCUUAAUUUUUUUUUCAGGCGAAUAUGUAAUAAUGACGAUCUUCUUUGACCUGAGUCGGAGAAUGGGCUACUUCACCAUCCAGACCUACAUUCCCUGCAGUAUGAUUGUGGUCUUGUCCUGGGUGUCAUUUUGGAUCAAUAAGGAUGCCGUCCCAGCCCGCACAUCUCUAGGUUUGACACGUCAUUUCAUACUGAUUGAAUCUGAGGUCACCUUUUCCUUCACAUCAUUGUGUAAGUGAUGGAUUUUUACAAUGUUCACUAUAACGGGUAAAUAUGACUGUGUAGGUGAGAAAAUAGCCAACUUCUAAAUCCUCAGUCUCGAUGAAUUAAUAUUUGUUUUGAUGGUGCCAAUAAAGGUCCUAGUCUUUGUUGUAUUAUCAACAAAGACCCCGAAUGAAUCCAUCAUGAGCAACAGUAGCGAAAAGCACUUCAACUGACAGAAACCUUGAACAAGACCAGACUCGUGUUGAACAGCCACCUGCUGUGACAGUGUUGGGUUUAGGAGUGGGAUAAUUAUGAAGAUAUUUAGGAUAUAGCAAGAGAUGCUAGACCCCCCCAUACAGUCUGAAGCCUAGGUAAGUCCUGAUGACAGCAAUGGUAACAAUGCAGCUAUGGCAGAGUCAACACAGAAGUACAAAGCAGACUUAAGCAUACAGCAGCAUAUCUGGAAGCUGGUCCAAGCCUGAGUCAGCCCAAACAAAGGCUGGACGAUUAUGGUAAAAAUAAUAAUCAGGAUUAUUUUGACUGAUAUUGAAAUCACGAUUAAUAAACACGAUUAUUCAUUUAUUUUUAAACUUUUAUCAAAUCAAAAAAACUUUAAAUAUAAGUUAUAAGAACAACCAGAAAUAAAUUAUUAACAAGAAAACAUGUUAAAAAAAAGAUAUCUAUUGUAAAUUAAAAUAAUAGCAAUAAAAAUAAUAAAUAAAAAUAAUUACCCAAUCUCUGUGCACUCCUGCAAAACUUGCAUCAUGCAAAAAAAACCCACUAAUAACGCAGCCAAAAAUUAGAAGCCUCUUUUAAGCUUUGAUCAGCUGUGUGAUCGCCAACAAUAACUUGCUAACACUAAUACUGGGCAUGCACCCUCUGCGGUGCAGCACCCAAGUGCGUGCCCACGUACUGAUACAAGUACUGAUACACAUGAGUCUGAGUUACAGCCACAUCAAUUUAAAAAUAAAAAACUCAUUUUUAAGGUGUGACAGCUUUUAUUUAGCUGUGGUGGCAUGCCACAAUCAAUUGCAUAUAGGGGAAACCCUGAAGUUGGUCCCGUUGCCUUGGGGAGCAGACACAACAACGUGACAAACUUUGCAAACAAUUCUUUUUGCUUGACGUCCGUCGACUUGAAACCAAAAUGUUUCCAGAGAACUGAAGUUGUCCUACCUUUCUUCUCAACCAAAGGCUGCCUUUCUACCAUGUUUUCAGUCGCUCACUACUCAUAUUAUUGAUCCACACACAUCACAUGCUUGCUGCAGCUGCACGUAACAGGAGCGCAUUCCCAGCACAGGUAGUUACAUACACACCACACCAUGUGGCGCAUUAAUGAUUUUUCUUUGAUUAUAAUGAUUUUAUGAUCGUGAGAAGCCAAAAUCUUAGUCAUGAUUAAAAUUUGAUUAAUCGUUCAGCUCUAGCCCAAACUAUAAACUUUAUUGUAAAAGACCGUUUCAGGAUUGCUCCUCAAAGUAGAGAGGGUGUCUGCCUCCAGGAUCCUGACUGAUUUCUAAGGAAAGGGGCCUGCUAUCUGAAGGCCCUACUUCCCUAUACUAUUUAUGAAGACUUUUUGAAGGAUCUGCAUGCAUGGGAGUGAAAUGUUCUCAAUAAGAGAUUAUGGUGCUUGAUGAUUAAAAAUUUUGUGGGUCAGAAGAGGGAUUUUAAAUUCUAUCCUAGAUUGUUUAAGAAACCAGUAUAGAGAGGCUAAUACGGGGAGAUGUUCCAAGUUUAAGACAAUGCUGGACCACCUGAAUCUUAUCCAGACUUAUUAGGGGAUUGCAUAUAUCCAGUCGAGAUGAAACAAAUGCAUGAACUAUCAUUCAGCUGAUGAAGUGGUCUCUGUGAAAAUCCACUCAGGUAUUACCACUGUACUCACCAUGACGACACUAAGCACCAUCUCCAGGAAGUCCCUGCCGAAGGUGUCCUACGUCACAGCCAUGGACCUCUUUGUUUCUGUCUGCUUCAUCUUCACCUUCGCUGCCCUCAUGGAGUACGGCACUCUGCACUACUUCACAAGUAACAGACAGACCAAAAAAUCAAAAGCCAACAAUAAUACGCAGGUAGACAACAGUUUUCUUCUUUAUUUUCUCUGAUCAUUCAGGUUUUGAUCUGCUGAAUUCAACUGUACCAAUCUUAACUGUCUGUUUUCAUCACAACAGAAAUCAUCCAGCAUGGUGAACAUCAGGCCCGGCACAUCCCUGCUGCAGAUGAACAACAUCGUGCCCUAUCACGAGGAGGCCGACUAUGCUUACGAGUGUUUGGAUGGAAAAGACUGUGCCAGCUUCUUCUGCUGUUUCGACGACUGCCGCUCAGGUGCCUGGCGAGAAAACAGGAUGCAUGUGCGGGUUUCAAAGAUAGAUUCAUACUCACGAAUAUUCUUUCCCACUGCUUUUGGCCUUUUCAACCUCGUUUAUUGGAUAGGUUACCUUUAUCUAUAAGACCACCGCCUCAAAAACAGGACAACUGGAGUUUGAGAUCAGCAAGCAUUUCUCAGAUGUUAAGCUGCUCUUACAGCAGAGAAAUUUGUGUUUAGCAAAUAUGUUCACCAAAAAAGGAAACCAAGAUCUACUGACAAAUUAUUAAACUGCAGUGCCUUGUUUUUUUUCCCAGCGCUCCCUGUGGGGCUUAGCAUCUGAGUGUUUGUAAGUCAGUCUGUCCAACAUGACGUUUGUUGUUCCGAGUUGAUAAUUCCUAAAACUUAGCAGUGACCCUUGUAUCUUUGUAUAGCAUCAAACUAAAUAUUCCUGAAGGAAUAUUAUGAAAGGUAUGUCAUGAGUCGUCAUGGCUGCCAGGGGACUAAUUAAGUUUUUUAAAACUUGUACUCUAAAAAUAUCAUGACCUUAAUGGCUAGUCAAAUAUUACAAUUAGCAGGAUAACUUCAUAAAUUAGCAGAAAUGUGUAAUGAAACUUUUCUAUUUUGGACACAGACUCUUCUAGGGGAAUUUCCCUGUAGAUUUUAAAUAAAUUAAUUAAUGAUCUAGCACCACCCUCAGGACAAAUACUUUGGGCUCCACCAAUGAUAAGGUUCGAGCAUUGUUGGUUUCCUCCAAUUUUUUUUACACACAAUUCAAAGUGGGUGGGAAUGAAUGACUUUUUCAGAUGGGUUGGGCUGAUUCAUGGGUUACCUGUGCUCCCUCAUGGUGACAUGGUGAUUUGAAUAUGCUUUUUUCCCCCUCAAGGAAAAAAAAACAACUAAUUUUUUGAAACUCUUAUUACCUUCAGUGUCCUCAUGUUUGAAAAAUUACUGCAGAGAAAGUUUGUUUCUGGAUCCCCAAUGACAUACAAUGAUAGAGGGACCCUUCUGCAGUUAUCUGGUUGUGUUUAAGUGACAAUUAUGGGGACCAAUUUGGUAUAGAAAGAAGAGUCAGAGCUGUUUAGAGUUGUCCCCCAUUUUACAAUACAGGAAAUGAAUUCCAUGGCCUCUAAUGAUGCACUUAAAAAUGUGGCAACUUCAGGGUGCUCUUCCACUGGGUUAAGCAUGGCACAGUGCCACUAAAAGAGGAGAAAACAUGAGCUCCAAGCUUCCUCAGUCAACGGAGAAGUCAUGGCAAGCUAAUAAUAACAUGAGGGCACAUUAGGGUGGCCUCCCAGGGGGGGAAACAGGAUGCUUGACCGUUAAGAUUGCUCCUCUACUGAAGAAAACUUGAUUUACGUACGGACUCCCAGGGUGUCAUGCUACAUUACAAAAUAAGCUUCACAGCAUUAAAGGUUGUGGUAAAGUGGGAAAUGUAGCUGUAAAUUGUGUAACAGUGAAUCGUAUGCUUGUUGUUUUAAGAUGAUGGACAAAGUUGCAGCAUUUAGAGCCAUUUGACCAUUGAUGCACAGUGACUUUUUUAGUAAUGCAGCUGGUGUUGCUCAGAUACCCAGAGUCCACCCUCCUCCAGCUCCUCCCAUGAGAUCCAUGAGAUACUCACAUCUGGAACUGAGAACUCCAGCUGUGUCUCAGUACAUCCACAGGGAGACAAUUCAAAGGCAAUGUGAAAGGGCAGAUGCUCCUCCCCAAGUUCUCUGCAGCUCCCCUCUGAAUCUCUGAGGACUAUCUCCAACACCUGCAAAGAAACAGAUCCACAGUCCAGCUCCUUACCCUGAAGUUAAGCUCAUAGGUGAAGUUGAAUAAAGAAGACCUUAAGGCGCAGGAGUUGCACUGCACAGUUUCCUUGCCUGUAUCAGACACAGGAGAUUACAACAGAUAAACUCAAUCUUCUUUUACCUCAUGCCCUUCAAAUGUUUUUUAUCAUCCUAAUGUUAACAUAAGGGUCCACAAUGUUUCAGUCAUUUAAACUGGUGGCCUCUGUGGUACAACUAGUGACUUGAAGUAUAAACUCAACACAAGCUUGAUUAUUUCUGCUAUUUAGACUUCUACUCUGUUGUACUACAAUUUUGUUAUUUUGCUUUUAGCUUAAUGUAAAAUGUUGGGUUUUGGUCAUCUGGGCUAAAUAUUGGUCCCACUCUACCAUUAUGAUUAACCAAACACAUGUUAAGUCAGGAUAGUUUGAAAAUAAACCUCACAAAAAACACGAAUUUGAUUUAUUUUGUGAUAAAUGAACAGAUCUGAUCAUAGAUUCAGAUGUUUUAUGUAUGAAGUGAAUCCUUGUUGCAGGAGCUCUGAUUCUAGAAAUGUUUGCUUUAGUCAAACUCCAGUCCAUAUAGAGGAGAUAUUGCCAUUGAACUUUAAAAAUAAGCCCAAAAGUGAGUUUACUCUCUGCCACCGUGCUGUUGAUAUUGUUGAGAAAGCAGGAAAGAGGACAUGCAUUUUACUUUGUCGCCUAAACCUGCAAUGAUAAGAUAUUGUUCCUUCUCAUGAAGCUAUAUUCCCUGAUUUUCCUCCAGAGGCCUAAACUCUUGAUUGAAUUUUGAAGUGAUGUUUUUGGACACCCGAAGGGUCACUGUAAAAACAGGGAAUAUAUCUUUGUAAAAUUAAACAUUGCUCUAUGGGCUCUAUUUUUCUAGAUAAUAACUCACAGCAGUGUGAUCAGUGAGACCAGGCUGGGCUAGCCUUUGCUCAGAAGCUACCGCAUGGAUUAGAUUUGUAACUUCUUGUGAAUUAUUAAGAACAAUAAGGGUUGUUUUUGUGGCAGCCAUUUUUUAUAUUUGUUGUAUUUUAAGUUCAAAAGGUAACAGUGUUUUCACUGAUGCUCUGUUCAGGCAGAUGUUCACCCAGUUUAAAGCUUUUCUGAUUUUAGAUUUCCAACUUUGGACUGAAGGAGGAACGUGUUCUGUACAACCCCAACCCCCAAAAAGUCAGGUGCUGCUUAAGAUGCUGACAAAAAUUGAUUUUUGGGGUGUGCAAUUAAGAUAAACUCUGCAUUUAACUUUUAAAAAGUGCAAAACAUCCUAUCCUAUCAAAUGUUAACACUAAAAAAAAUUUAAUAUUCAUUUUAAAGUUGAUGCCAAACAGGUAAAAGGUCUGUUUGUUGAUGCAUCCACAGAUGAGAUGAGUUGUUAAUUGACAUUCUUUUUGGAAACCAUAGAUAUCACAUCCUUGAAAAAGUAGAGGGCCUACCAGGGAAAUUUGUGAACCAGCAUCCUAACUUUUUUGGAUUUGGCGUUGUACCAUACAGCUCAUAAAUCCUUGAAUUCACUUUGACAGUUUAAUUGCAUGUUGAAGACCAUGUGGAGCAUUAAUGUUGCAACCCCAAGAACAGUUUCAAACACAGGGAAUGCACACUUUAAUAUUUACACCAAUGUCUUUCCAGCACAGUAUUCGCAGUUCAUCAUCCUGACAGCAGCUUUCAACAGAAUUAAUGAUGAUAGCCUUAAAAAAUGUCUUUCAUCACUUCACUUUUCAGCCAUGAGCUAUCACAUAAAUACAGUCCAGUGAAGAUACUCACAAAUGACACAGACUCAUUAAGUCCUCAUGUAGUUCAAAAUCCUCCCAGUAACCUAUGAUUUACAGUGGGUUGUACAUGUACAUUUACAAUUGGUUGGAACCAUCGGGUUUUUUUAAGGUUGCUGAUGUACUGAGAAUUCCUUUUGGACAUUAAGAGAGUUGGACUAAUUAACUGAUGAUUUAAUAUGUAAAUCUGAACAUUAUGAGUGUAAAUAGUCAGAUUAAACCCACAGAGUAUGAUGUUUUCAUUAUGAGCCUUUCUGAACAUAGCAGCCAUUUGUUUGAAUUAACUGUUUUUCAUGUACAAAAGUAUGUAGAAAACCACCUUUUAUCUAUCCUUAAAGCGAUCAAGUAUCUGGGCGGCCUAUUUUAUACUACUCAUGACCAACAUGACUUAACUGUCACAUAUACACACGGAAACCAACUAAAGAAAAGUGCCACACCAACAUCACUCGUUUAUUAUCUGCAGAAAAACUGUUCCUGAACUAUCCACAAACACCAAAGAACAAAAUCAUUUAGUACCCUGUCCUGUAAAUGUCAUGUUGCACGCAAGUUCAGAUUGCAUCCAGCUCCAGAUGCGUAUACAUGUAAAAAAAUGGAACAGAAAGGAUUCAAAUUAAGGCCAUGCUCCUGACAUGUCAGAGGUAACAUAAGUAUCCAGAUAAAGAGUUUUCAACUGUGCAAACAUCAAACAUGAAUGUACUGAGAGCCACGUGAAUCUAUGCAAACAUGAACAUUGUUGCAGUCUUUCUGAGGGUAUGUGAUGAGUCCUGUUUGACUUUUGUCUGAUUUUCACUUAUUAAUGACUUUAAAGAAGCAACAAGGAAAUAUUAAGAAAAUGUCUAAAUUCUGCUAAAACAGAAGCAGACUUCAGUAACAUAAUAUUUCUGUAUAAAUUAAAUCCAAUCGUAUGGCUUCACCAGGACUGAACACUCAGAUCUCUCAGUUUCUUUACUCUCUGGUUAAGAAAUGCUGUUCAGUUUGUUUUAUUUAAUCUUUUUUUAUUUAUUUAUUACAAAACUAAGGUGUUGAAGUUCAUCUGACUGGAUUUGUAACAUCAAAGAUGCACAAAGUGUGGAGUUAAACAGCCAAACAUCACUAUGGGUGGCGACUAAUGUGAGUGUGCACAUUAUUUCCUCUGUCACAAAACUAAAGACACAGACACAUGAAAUAAAUCCAAGAUUUGACAUGGGGACACAGUGUUAAACUAUAACAAACAGGAAACUGAAUCAGACACUAACAAUGUUAGUGUCAGACUGAAAGUCAGGUUCAAACUGAAAGUUUGAACCUGACUGUUUCUAACAGCACAGUCUUGCUCCCUAUUUUAGCUUUUUUUAAAUAUGGCACCUGGGUCAGCGGUCGAAAUAAGACAUCAAAGGGUUUUAAGAUUCAAAUGGAUGCUUUGGUGUUGCUUUUACUUUUGUUGUUACAUUAAAAUCAAGUAAUAUAGUAUACAAUUGAAAUGUCCUGUUUAUAAGAAAUGACUGUGUUAUUUCCCCCCUCAGUUUUCUAUGAAUAUUGCAUAAAUACGUUUAGCAUAAGUUUUGUCAGUUACAUUUUCAGAAUUUUUAUACCUGUAUUAUACAGGAUUGGAUUGAGGACAGAGCAGGACAGAGAGACAGGGUAAAAGACAGCAGGCCGGAAUCAAAUCCAGGCCAACAGCAAGGUAUAUGGGGCACACACUUAGACUGCUCUCUCAAUGGCGCCCUAAUUGAAACCAUGGGAGACAGAAAGCUUUAAAGAUUUAUUGAGAUUUUUUUAGUUUGUUCCAUUUGUUAUAGUAGAGGAGGCAGGCUUGAGUACCUGUACUGCAACUGGUCAGCAGGGGGAGCUCUAAAAGUUCUGGCAUCACUGUGAUCUCCACCGUCUUAUUGAGCUUAUGGUUUGUAUUUAUUAGCAUAACUGCAUGGCGUGAGGCCACUGACAAAGCUGCCAUAUUUUACCUGACUGGAGAGAGAACAUAGUGGGGUUUUAUCUGAUGAAUGACAUAUGAUACAACUGAAAUGUAUGGUUUUAAUAUUAACUUUAUUCACCUUACACACUUAUCUGGAUGACCUUUUGUCAGCAUUUUAUUUCAGACUUUAAAGUUGGUCAAAUUGAGUUAUUUAAACUCUGUCCAUUAAUUGCAUGACCACUGAAAAACUCAAAAGUCAACAAACACUCAACAUGUCACCUUUGAGUCAUUACACCAGAACCCACCUAAGCAGCAAAAAAAGCCUUCAUUAUGUUCCUAAUCCUCUGUCCUCCUAACCAUUUUUUCAUAGCAAAGACUAAUUCAGAUCCAGAAGCAUGAAAGUGUGAUCGAUAUUCUCAUGAUGUAGCAUUUAAAGCAGGCUUGAUAAAUCCUGCUGAUACUGUGCCCAAAGGAAAAUUCUGUAGAUACAUCAGCUGCAACCCUUAUCCUGAUCAACGUCACAAAAGUGUUUCUUCAUUUUAGCAUGUUACAAUUUGAUACAGUGCUGGUCUAAUAAAGGUACUUAUUUAAAAAUGUAUUUGUUCGUAUUUGGAGACUACAAAUUACAGUAUAAUCUGGAUUUGCCUAAUGUUUAUGAUGGCAGAAGCCAUUACAGCAUAACUAAUGUAAGCUCUUUUUGUCAUCCAGAGCUUCUUUAUCCAAAUAUCAUAGCUAUAUAGCCAACUAUAUUUCAUAAGGAGUAUAAUUUCAAGACUUUUGCACGUUUUGACAAUGCUGUGUCUUAGGGCUAGCACUGAUAGCUUCCUCCUACACAUGGGAGGACUGUCCAUUACACUCUCCAUGUAACAUGUAUAGGGCCCUUAGUUAGCCCAGCUUCAACACCCCUCUGUCUUGGCUUCGUUAAACGAUUGUUUUCAUGAUCUAUGUUUUAAAAGGAGCAAGUUUGUAUGGCUUUUCAAGCUUUGUAAGAUGUAACUUAAUUAUUAAUUUCAUAUGUAUUCACAUGUUGCACUGUUUCCAUUUUUUGUUGCAUUAGCUCCCUUGAAUGGAGCUCAAAACAUCAAAAUCGUAUGCUGUAUUUUUCAGCCAAACAACCUCAGAAAACAUGUUUAAUGAUCUUGUGAAAAUGAGAGCAAGAUUGUUUGCUGUACUAGUUUUAGUGAUAGGCAUAAUGCUGUGUAUUGCAUUCAAUUAAGCCAUAUAAAGACAUUUAUCAUCUGCGUACAAAGUCAUUCUCUAUAAGUGUUGCUCAUACUGUAUUGUGACUACUGAUUCAACACACUGUGAGAAAAUAAAGCAGUGCCUGGAAAAAUUCAAGUGGUGUCAAUGAUUUUCUGUUAUAGCAAGAGGUUAUCUUUACAGUCAGAACUGAGAAAAGCAAACAAAGAUUUGUACUAAGCUUUGUAAGUACAUCAAUUCAUAUUGUUUAAAUGAGCAGUUUUACUGAGUAUGUCCUUGAAAUACAUAUGAAACAGGGGCUUUUAUUACAACUUUGGUUUUAAUUAUCCAAAGUAAUUCAACAGGCAAUCUAGAUUGACAUAUUAACAUAUUAACCUUAAACUGGCUUUAACCAUUGAAGCCAACUGGAGGCAUUACAUAAAAAGUAAACUGACCUCCCCUUGAAAAGUUAUUUUCUUCUCAUCCGAGGUACAACCCAGAAAAAAAAAACUUAAACUUUGGCUUCUUAUGGAUCUUCAUAAUAUUAUUCUCCAGACCUAUGAAUUUUCAAAGAGGUUUUACUGCUGGAGCAAGCCAGAGUGACGCUUGUGUAUGACCAUGACCAGAGACCUAUUAAAAUCAGAAGGAUGGGCUCUACUCCAGGGUAUGUCAUGGACCAACAAAAAUCCCAAAAAUCAAAGCCUUGAAGUCAUUUAUUGCUAUCUGCUAGUUAUACUAGACUUCCUGUAAAGUUAGCAUCCUCUACUGGAGGUUAACAUGGUCAUCAUAUGACUAUAGUUGCACUUGGGUUCUGACUUUGGUAAUAGCCAAAUUUCCCCAACCAAAACCCAAUGUUUUGGUGCCCAGUGUGAGGCAUUCAAAUAUCAGCUAUAUCUCUGGACUUGUGCUCUCUUUAUUUCCUUUUCUUUUUUUUUUUUUUUUGUAUAAUUUUGUCUCUCCAACUUUGUUUUCAUAAUUGAUAGGCACCAUAUUAACCAGAAAUUAACCAUUAUCUACUGUCUCCAUUUUUAAAGUUCCAUCAGCUGGCUAGUUAAGAACAGUUUGAGAGGCUUGAAGCACCCCAAAGGAGUGCCAGAGACACACAGAGUUUAUUCUGAAAUUGCUUUAUUCAGUGUUUCCUCCAGUUUGGAUUCCUGAAAUUGAUGAGUUGGAGAACACUUUGGAUCAUUAGGCUGGUGGCACACUGUGAGAGUGAUAAACAGUGAGUCUUUAAAACACCAGGAAAAAACGUAUCAACUGCUCAACUUUUAGCCCUUUCAGAGAUACUUAUUGGCCAACACGUUUUUGAGACUCAUGUUUUUAUGUGAUAUUCGCAGUUCUGUUUGUUUAAUAGAAAAGGAGACAACUGUGUUGGAUUUGACUUAUGCAAAGUCCUUGUGAGGGUUGACUUUAUGCAAAAUGUACUCUGAAUUUUACGUUAGAAUUUCAUCUGUGUAAAACUCUUGUAUUUCAGCCUGGAGCUGUCAGACACAAUGUGCUGUUGUUUUUAAAAAUCUGCUGUUGUACACAGUAUAUUCAGAAUGAAGUUUGUAUCACUCACACUUAGAAGAAGCAGGGAGUCUUUUUCGCUGAGUUAAUAUUUCAGCGAUUUGCAUCACACCAUGAACUCAUCCUGUCAGCAAAUGUUAACACCUAGAGCUGUGUAGUGUUUUGGAAACAGCAUGAGAGACUAGAAACAAAACUGACCUUCAGCGUUCUUUAUCUUUGUCUAGAAAAACCUCUAGCAACCAAAAAACUGCUGUGUGCUCUUAAAAUCACUGUCACUGUCAAUUGUCUGAAAUUAAAACUGAAACCUCUUUCUUUGUAAAUUUCUGUGUAAAUGUUUAAUGGUAGGUACACAUGACUUUGGUUUUGGAUUUUGACUCCUCGAUUCCUUUACAAACAUGAGAUUAAAAUUGUGGUCUGAUCUAAAUCAGGCAUGUACAACUUAUCUUGAAAAAGCAAACUUCUCAUGCUCCUCAUCAUAUGAAU